AUGUUCGCCUUCUCCAACCUGGUGCAGAAGGCCCAGUCGGCUGCCCAGCAGCUGAUGGACCCCAUGCAGGGCCUCAACCUGACCAACUCGGACAAGAACCCCUCCAAGGCCACUCUCUUCCAGCACCAGUUCCGCCUGCCCAGCACCCAGACGCCCUUGUACGAGAUCCCCGCCGAGCUGACGAUUCCGCCCUCAAAUGCCACCCAGGGCGACAGAGAUCGCGAUCGGGGCUGGCACUAUGCCGGGAAGCUGCACUUGUCCGAGGCUUACAUCUGCUUCUCCACCACCCCUACAAGCUUCAUCAGCUCGGCCAGCACCUCUUCUUCGUCGGCCUUCACGGGCCAGACACACGGCGGCGGCCCUGGUGGUAACGGCUUCACAUUCCCGCUCUGCGCCAUCAGGCGCGUGGAGCGUCUGCACAGCCAGACCUUCCAAUUUGCCCUGGCGAUUACGACAUGGAAUGGCAUCACCCAAGAGGAGGCCAAGGACAAGGAGAAGAGCCAGCUUAGGGAGCAGCGUAUCACAAUUCAGUUGGCAGGCAGUCGCCCCGCCUGCGAGAGGUUCUGUGAUGGCCUGAAGAGGGGCUUGAGAUCCGCCGUCGGCAAUGUGGGCAAGCUGAAGAAGGUCGUUGGCGAGUGCUACUCGGAAUACUUGCUCCGACCCGAGGACAAGAAGAACGCCAACCCCCCUGAUGCCGGUCUAGGCAUGGUGUUCCGAUACCCCGGUGAUCCCAAGAAGCUCCGCGAUAGGGCCAAGAUGAGGUUAUGGGCUGAAUAUCUGCGUGAUAACGGUCGGAAUGCGACCUUGAUUCGCCAGCCUACCUUCCACAAGCUGAUUCGGGUUGGCUUGCCCAACCGCUUGAGAGGCGAAAUGUGGGAGUUGACGUCCGGCUCACUGUACCUGAGACUCGAGAACCCUACACUCUACGCCGACACGCUGGCGAAAUUCUCAGGGAAGGAGAGCCUGGCCAUCGACGAGAUCGAGAAGGAUCUGAACCGAAGCCUGCCUGAGUAUCCUGGAUUUCAGACGGAAGAUGGCAUCGGCCGCCUGCGCCGCGUACUCACUGCUUACAGUUGGGUUAAUCCCGACGUCGGCUAUUGCCAAGCAAUGAACAUUGUGGUCGCCGCACUGCUGAUUUACAUGUCUGAAGCUCAGGCAUUCUUCCUGCUCUCCGCUCUCUGUGAUCGGCUAGUCCCAGGGUAUUACUCAACGACCAUGUACGGCACCUUGUUGGACCAGAAAGUCUUCGAGUCCCUCGUCGAAAAGACGAUGCCGAUACUUUGGGAGCACCUGGUCAAGAGCGAUGUCCAACUUUCGGUUGUUUCCCUCCCCUGGUUUCUCUCCCUAUACAUCAACUCCAUGCCCCUGGUCUUCGCAUUUCGAGUUCUCGAUGUCUUCUUUGUUGAGGGGCCCAAGGUUCUUUUCCAGGUUGGCCUCGCAAUCCUACGCAUCAAUGGCGAGGAGUUGUUAGAUGCAACAGACGACGGCGCCUUCAUUUCGGUCUUGAAGGGGUAUUUUUCGCGUCUGGACGAAUCUGCGCAUCCCAAGUCGGAGAACCCGAAGCUCCGAGCUAUCAAUCGAUUUCAAGAACUCAUGGUAGUCGCCUUCAAGGAGUUUUCGGGCAUCACGCAUAGCAGCAUCCAGGAUCUGAGGCUGAAGAAUAAGGAUGCUGUGCUCAAUAAUAUUGAGAACUUCGCCAAGCGAACUGCCAUUCGCAAUCUUGGGCCGGACAGUAAAUUACUGAGCCCGGACGAGCUUGGUGCUCUGUAUGAUAGGUUCUAUGGAAUUUUGUACGAAAGACAACAACGCGACCACAUCCUGCAAGAAGAGCAGCUCCGCCGGGCGAAGGCGAGCAGGACCAGAGCUUCUGCAGCCUUUUCCGAGCAGCGGGAUCAUGGUGUGGAAAAGGGACGUGUUGGUCUCGGUCCCAGUACCAGCGUGAUGGACUACGACGCAUUCAGGGAAUUCCUUGCUGCCAUGUCCAAGUGGGCCAUCUCCGAUGCACCCAAGACGCCUACCAGGGAUCAGUUCCCUGAGAAGGACCCUGCAUAUUUUGGGAGCUUUAGGAAAUCCAACAGCAACCUCCUCUCGCCGUGGGGCGGCGGCCCGGAGCCUGCAGAUCACGAGUUCAUGCAGAGAUUGUUCAGACGCUGGGACGUUGAUUCAAGCUCGACGUUGACUCUUCAAAAUGUCGUCACAGGCCUUGCACAAAUCAAAGGCAAACGUGAUAUCAUGGGCACGAUUACCUACUUUUUCGAGCUGUACGACGAUGACGGAGACGGGAAAGUCGACCGCGAGGGCAUCUUACGCAUUUCCGAGGCUUUGCUCUUCCUGUCACGGCGUGGUCUGGAAGGAUCUCUCAGUGCAUCCAGCUCCAGCCCGGCUCUAAAUACCCUUGCCGAGGCCGGUGGUCCAGGCAGCCCCCCGAUUGGCGGCACGGUCAGCGAGCGCUUCCUCGGCAGUGUCAGUGCCUUCAUCCGACGCUGCUUUGAGUAUGCUGAUCCAGACCACCCUAUAAACCAAGACGUCUCCGCGAACAAGGCUCAAGAAACGAAGGAUUCAAGCGAUAACCAAGCAGCGGAUAACAGCGCCUUCGCGAUUGGUGAUGAUGAUGAUGAGGAGGAGGACGACGACGAGGACGAUCUCCUAGCUUUUGACGGGCCCGACGAGGCCUCGACAAAGGCCAAGAAGCACAAUCUCCCAUCAAACCCACCAGCUAGUGGGAAUCCCGGCGCCAGCACAGGGAGCAAAGUUACACGCACUGUCUCAAAGGCGCAAUCAGAGAAGGCAAACGCAGCGCUAGACCCUUCCAACCCGUUACAUAUGACAUUGCCGACCUUUAGGAUGGUAGUAUUGGCCGAUGAGCUCCUGGAACAAUUCUUCGAAUCUUCAUUUCCAACUUCGAUACAUCUCAUUGAUGGGCUUCCUGCCUCUGCAUACCAAUCUGUAUCGUCUCUGACCACAUUCUCGAGCUUCAGCCGCGCGACCGCUCCUCCGAUUCCAGUACCCCAGCAGGGCGCCGCUGGUGCGACACGUAGCCUGCGGGGUGUACUAGACAAUAUCGUUACAGACGCAUCGCGAGUUGCGGCAGAGGUCCGUCGCCGUAUGGAGGAAGCCCAGCGCGAGCUGGAAAAGAACGCGCUGCCGGGACCGAGGGAUGAAGAGGAGGAGGAUGACGAUGACUUGCACGAACCAAAGUCGUCCGCUGCCGACCCCGAACGGCGCAGCGUGCGAUCGUCGGACCGGGACCUUCUGGAUGGCGCGGAUGCCGAGGCCGGAGCAGCGAAAGGACAGGAAGGGUCAAGGCAAUCUUUACUUGACACGCAAGAUCCACAAGCGGGCCAAUCGAAGACUGCAAGUCAGGGGAUUGUGGAAUUUGAGGGCUAG